AUGAAUCAGAAAACGCUCAUUGUCUUAGUGACAUCUCUACUCUCCUCCUCCGUUCUCGCGGAUAUUCAGUUCACGGUCUAUAACUCAACCGACUGUCCAUCUGGUGGGACAAUUCCGCAUAUUGUCAAUCAAGGGUGCACCCCGAUCUCAGAGGGAUUCUGGUCUAUCUCAGUUCAAUAUGGACUUGCACCCCCUACAUCUGCUUGCAUUGCAACGGUGUUCACUGAUGAAUGCUCAGGGGAUAAGCUUGCCAGUUUGACCGAGAAUGAUACAUGUUAUAAUUUGGAUGCCGCUGCUAAAAGUGUUGCUUACAACUGCUAA